UAUAAGAGGCGCUGCACAGGCCCCGGCUCUCUCUCUCACCCGCCCUGCAGCCGCCAUUACCAUGGGCUUCGGAGACCUGAGAUCCGCCGCCGGCCUGACCGUGCUCAACGAGUUCCUGGCCGACAAGAGCUACAUCGAGGGGUAUGUACCCUCCCAAGCGGAUGUUGCAGUGUUUGAGGCCCUCACCAGCGCUCCACGUGCAGAGCUGUGCCACGCACUACGCUGGUACAAUCACAUUAAGUCCUAUGAGAAGCAGAAAGCCAGUCUGCCUGGAGUGAAGAAGCCUCUGGGGAAAUAUGGCCCCGUGAACAUUGAAGACACGACAGACAGUUCUGCCAAGCCUGCUAAAGAGGAGGAGGAUGAUGACAUAGACUUGUUCGGCUCCGAUGAGGAGGAGGAAAGUGAAGAGUCCAAAAGAAUUAAAGAGGAACGUCUGGCUCAAUACGCGUCAAAGAAGUCUAAAAAACCAGCACUUAUCGCAAAGUCUUCCAUCCUACUUGACGUGAAGCCGUGGGAUGAUGAAACGGACAUGGUGAAACUAGAAGAAUGUGUUCGAAGCAUUCAGAUGCCUGGCUUGCUGUGGGGCUCAUCCAAACUUGUUCCAGUUGGGUACGGCAUCAAGAAGCUGCAGAUCGGGUGCGUGGUGGAGGAUGACAAAGUUGGCACAGACGACCUGGAGGACCAAAUCACAGCCUUCGAGGAUUACGUACAGUCCGUUGAUGUCGCUGCUUUCAACAAGAUCUGAUUUCACUGCACAUCACCAACCUCAUUCUGGGCACUUCAAAUAAAGCAUUUACUGAUCCUUCA